AUGGAUACAGAAACCAACAAACAGAAGUGUCAAUCUGAUGAACCUCCCACAAGAUAUGGAUUCGAUUCCCUACCUCACGAAAUUGUCCUUGACAUAGCUUCUAGGCUUCCCAUAACAUCUCUAGUCCAAUUCAAGUUUGUUCGCAAAUCUUUUUACAACUUGUCUCAUGAUCCAGAGCUUGUGAAUUUGCACCUGUCUCGUGCACUAAAGAACGAUCCUUGCAUUAUUUUUCAACUGGACGAUAAUCAGCUUUACUUUCUUGAACUUUCUGAUCUUGGUAUGGAAAAAGUUGUGAGGAAAAUCAGCACCCUUUUUUCAAACUUUGAGCCUAAUUUAUAUGAAGUGAUUGGUUCAUGUCAUGGACUAUUAUGCACAUGUGAAUGUCUGAUUAGUGAUGCACUUUAUGUGUACAAUCCUUUUACAGGAGACUACAAGCAGCUACCUUGCUAUAUCACUCUAUAUGAGAAGAAAGAAUCGGUUCUUGGGUUUCGUUUUCAUCCUAUUACCAAAGAGUACAAGGUGAUCAAGAUCAUAUAUUAUCAUGACAGCCGUUUAUUUAAUGUUUCAAAAGGUGAAGUAUUUACUCUUGGUGGCAACAGUUGGAGAACAAUUGAGAAAGUUGAUUACCUAGUUGAUUCAGAUUAUCAAGGAAUUAUGUUAAACAGGAAGAUGUAUUGGUUGACUCGAUUUGGAGAGUAUUAUGGUAGUGGUGAUAGGCUUAUUGUUUCCUUUGAUUUAGCUGAUGAGGUAUUUGCUGAAGUUCCAAAGGUUGAUUUUAAUGCUGACCCGAGAACGGAUACCUUCCAUCUAGAAGUUCUUGGAGGUUCUCUUGACAAGCCAAGAAUUCACGAGUAUCAUCUAGCAGUUCUUGGAGAUUGUUUUGCUGUUGCUAUAGCUUUGCCUCCCCAAAAAGGAGGAAGAAUAUAA